AUGGAGGCACGCGCAGGGGGCGCUGAGGACCCUCGGGGAAGCAGAGAAGGCCGCGGCCUCCCCCUCCCGGCCGGCCGCAGUGCCCUGCAGCUCCUGGCGCGGCUGGACGCGCGCCCCCUGGCGACCCGAGCUGCCGCCGACGUGGCAGCGCUGGUACGCAGAGCGGGUGCCACAAUGCGCCUGCGCCCCAAGGAGGGUGUCAGCGGGCUGGACUCUGCGGAUAUAGAGGUCACAGACCGUCGCCUGCCCCAAGCCCCUGUUGUCAGACACCGGUGCCAGCAUCGUCGGUCAGAGACCCUGGAUACGAGUACGACGCUGCCCAGAGUGACCCAGGAUGAUGCAUGUUCUGCUUCAAAACCACCCCAGACCUCUGGUUUGUUCUGUGUGGAGCUGAUCCGAGGUCCCGCAGGAUUUGGCCUCACCUUUAGUGGGGGUCGGGAUGUUGUUGGUGGGGAUGUGCCACUGGCCGUGCUUGGGCUGCUGGAAGACGGGCCGGCGCAGCGCUGUGGUCGUUUGCAGGCCGGCGACCUCGUGCUCCACAUCAACGGGGAGUCCACGCACAGCCUCACCCAGGCCCAGGUUGAAGAGCGGAUCCACUCUGGUGGCCCCCGCCUCCGUCUUAUGCUCUGCAGGCCUUUUGAGACCCACCCUGGCAAGCCUGAGGUGUUGAGAGGGCCCCAGAAAAGAGAUCUCAGCCUGGAUCCUAGGGGACCGGAGGUAAGGAGGUCUUGCAACGCCAGCGCUUCCCCACUUCAGCACCCGGGGUCCCGGACGAUGGCCAACACCUGGGGCAGCCCGGAGCCUAGCUCAGAGGCGGUGGUUCGCAGCGCAGCGGUUUCUCCUUCUGAACGCCGCACGAAGGACCCCGAUGACCAGACUCCCAGUUCUCCGGGACCCUGGCUGGUGCCCAGCGAGGAACGGCUCUCACGGGCCCUCAGGGCACCUGGGGGCGCGCAGCUCGCUCUCGAGAUGGCAGCCGCAAGGCGGAGGUACUGAGCAAACAUCGGAAGGCUAGGUGCUCACUUGGUACAGCCCUGCCCGCCGCGGACUAGCAAGGUCUGGAGAGUUCCCCC